AUGACAACCGAAGUUAACUUUAGUGAUCUUGCAGAGAAAUCCGGUCAAUUGGUUAACCGAUUCCAAUCGACAUUUCAAGGUUUCAAUAUAAACAGAUCACUCAAAGAGAUCGGUGAAUACUCAAAACAACUCAAUGAUAUCACCAGUUCAAAGUCAACUUUAUAUAAUGAUUCAUAUCAAAAAGCAAUUAAUAAAUAUAAUAUUGAACCAAAUGUAAUUGGAGAAUCAUUGUCUAAUAUUACACCAUCUUCAUUCAUUGAGGUGGAGCAGGUUCCUACAGAUAUCGAUCAGUUCUUAAAGGGAGAGUUUGAAUCGAUGAUCAUGAACACCAUCCAUGAAGUACAGAAAAAGACAACACGUGAAUUCAAUGAGAAUUACCAGCGUGCGUCUCUCGUAGAGUGGAGCAAAGACAAGAAGCAGCUGGAGGAGACUCUUGGACAACGUUUUAUCAAGGUUCACAAGCAAUAUCCUUUAGAACAACAGCAACAAUCAUUGAUGCUAUCGAAUCGUUCCACUGCAUCGCCAAUGCUCCAACUUACAUCUUCACAGCAACAGUACCAUCAAUAUGGAUCAGGAACAAGUAGUAUGUUCAUGUCGAAUGCUGGUGGAUUCAACAACAACAACAACAACAGCAGUGUAAAUGGUCAGCUGAUGAUGUCUACACGUGGCAAUGUAGAAGAUCGUACUCGUCUAUCCAACAAGAUGCGUGCAUAUGCCGAGGUUGUCUAUGAGUAUCUCUUGUCAGAGAGAUCAGUAGAGAGUGGUAGCAGUUAUCCGCUAGUUGAGAAUCUAAUGAAUGCACAGUUGGCAGAGGUAACAAAGUAUCGUCAGGUAAUAGAGGAUGUCUGGAUACUCAUUGAUAAACAAAGUUCAUUGUCGUCGUCGUCGUCUUCGUCAAAGAGUGGAUCAUCAUCAUCAUCAUUGUCCGAUGACAAGACAAUGCAAUUGGUAAAGAGAUCGAUUCAAUUUCUCGAAGAACAGUUUGUUAAUACCAUUAAGAUAUCAAACGUACAGAAGCCACCUAUCGACACACCAGAAGACAACUUCCGUAACUGUUCGGUUUGGUCUAUCAUUUACUACUCACUCCGUUCCGGUUACUAUCAAGUAAUCAUUGACAUUUCUCAACAACUACCAAUUAGAUAUCGUGAAUUAAUUAGAAACAUAACAAUACAUCGUAAAGAUGAUCUUAAAUGUCCACAAGAAAUAUUGAAUAAAAUGACACAGGAAUAUAGAAUCAUUAGAAAUGAAAGUAAAGAUUACUUUAAGAUUGCAGUAUUCAAUAUACUUUCGGCUGCUGAUGCCACCAAUGUACAUUCCAAUAAAAUACUAUUCCCAUUCAUUCAGGAUUUAAUUUGGUGGAGACUUUCUUUUAUUAGAUUACAAACAUAUUCAUUACAAACAUUACAAGUUGCAAUUAAUGAAACAACAUCACAAAUUCAAUUCGAUCCAUUUGUUUUGUUCCAGAUUCAUUUGUUGACCUGUCAAUUCGAGUUGGGUAUUGCACAUUUGUCGUUGACCAACCAGGAGGAUGCUCUUCACUAUGCAUUGGCACUGAAUCAAUCCGGUUUGAUUCGUAAGCCACGUCCAGAGCAAACGGUGAUCGAUAGCGUCGAUAUCUACAACCCAGCGAGUGGUGCUCUUAACCUCGUCGCCAUGAUCCGUCAAUACAUAAAGACAUUCUCAACAGAGACAGACAAUGUCGAAGCACUACAUUACUACUUGCUCAUUGAAGACGAACAAAUUCAGACACUGUGCAUCUCUGACUUGAUAGUGACAUCCACCGGAGACACAGAGUUUGCACGCUACCUUCUCAAAGUACCAGAGUUUAUCAAACGUGACCAAUGGCGUCGUAUCAUCGAGCAGACAGCUCUCACCUUUGAAUUCAAAGGUAACUUCCAAUCAUCCAUUGCCUACUGGUUGUUAAUCGAAGAGUACGCACGUGUUCUCGAGCUAUACAACAACAGAAUGUCAUCUCUUAUCACAACCAAUUCAACUGAGAAAGAACAAUUGUAUUUGUUUGGUAUGGAGUUAUUCAAUGAUAAACAAUUGCAGAUAAAGAUUAGUAAGUCAGAGAAACAAGCAUAUUUGGCAUUCGAACAGUUGUUACAGUUGUGUCAGUUCUUUGAUUUGUAUAAUAACCAAAAGUAUCAGGAUGCUCUCGACCUGCAAGACAAGAUCGGUUUAACACCACGUACAGAGCGUGACGUUGAACCGUGUGUUGAGAACUACCGAUUCCUAAGUCCACAUGUCACACGUAACUUCUCAUCGAUCAUUCAAGUCACCAUUGACAUUAUCAUGCGACUCUACGAACUAGUUGCAUUACCCGGUGGUUCUUCCAGUGCAUUUAUGGCACCAGCUACCUCACAACUCUAUGCAGGUCGUCAACAAACAUUGCUCAACCUCCAAGAGAGAUCUCAAGCACUCACCCUAUUCGCUGGUAAGAUUGAUUUCCCAAUGUCAGGAAACACCUUAACCAAACUUAUGAACUUUAUGAUAAAUGUCAAAAAAUAA